CUGAUGUGCCACCGGGUUGGGCGUCGAGAAAAGGGAUCGGUAUUUGGGGUUAUUAUUAGGAGCGAGCAUCCCAUCGCAAUAAAUAGCAUAGCACACAUCCAACACCACGCCCAAGAAGAUCACCCAGCCCAGCCCGAACCAUCCGGUACAGGUAUGCCAGUACGGAGUACCCGUGCGAGGACCUCUCUCUCUCGCUUUCCCCAAACAAAAAAGGGAAAGGAAAAAAGAAAAUAACACCGCGCGCAUCGGGUCUCAUUCGUCCAGCGAACACGGCGCUCGGUCGAGGUUUUCGGUCACCAGCUGGAUCAGCAGUGUGCAGCUAGGGGAAAUCAUGGUUCUGAGGCUUGACGGCGGGCGCUGAAUGGACGGCCGAAAAGCUGGGCUGUCGCACACAUCACACUUUUUCCGGGCUCUGGAUAGCCAUAGGAUGGGGGGGGAUAUGGAGGUCUACAUUAUUGUCGGAACUGCUGCUUGGUGGUGGCUCUUCUUGUGCGCCCUCAAAUGAUCCCUUUGCGCUCGGGAAACAGGCUGGGAGAGAACUCUCGGACCCGAAACUUUUCUUUUGUUUGUGAUUGCGGUGAGACCUUGCGGUUCUGGCCAAGGCCCAAAGAAUAAAAUAUAAUGACGUUUUCCUGGUUGCUUGAUUGCUGGUCAGUCGGGUGGGAGCUGGAUGGGGAAAAAAGCCGAAAAAAGCACCCAAAAGGGGGGGGGGGGGGAAGGGCAAACAAGCAGGACGUUUUCCUUUUUUUCUUGUUUAAACAACAAGUUUCUGAUGGGGACAGACGGUUCUCGUCCCCAAGUACCAUGCAUCGUAUAUCGUGUAUCCGCGCAAUGUCUCUGUCUCCCACGAGGACUGCUGUCUGACACGUUCAGAACUCCCCGCAGCCGUGCACCCACUCUAUCUCAUCCCAUCCCACCCGAGACGAAGGACGUGGACAAGGGCGAGGACGAGAUCUUGAUUGUGCGCUGCUUUGGUUGCAAGCAAGCAGGCAGCGUGCGUGUGUUGCAGAGGGCCGCACAAGGGCGGUACCUGUUUGACUUCGUUCUGCCUUUUUUUAUUUCUUUAUUGUCCCGUUGCAUGCACAUAACACACCUCGAUUAUGCCAGAUUGCUCCCACGGUACACAAUCACACGAUUGAAGGUGUCUCGGUUGCCAACGAGGGAGUUAUCUGAGUAGCUGAGUGAUGCUGCCAACGCCUUUCUGUCAAUCCUAGUAGCAGACGCGCGCCUGGCUCUGUCCUGUUAUCAUUUGUCUGCUCCCGAUAUCCCACUCAGUUUGCAAGCAUAAAACACACUGUCAAGAGCAUUCUCGUAGGCCAAUUGAAGUGCCCUAGGUGUCAAGAAAUGGAGGAUUACGAAGUGGAACCCCCGAACAAGAAGAAUGCCACCAUGGCCCCUGAGGACCAUGGCGAUUCGAUAUCGGAAUCCUCGCAUGGCCGCAAGGACGGUAUAUAUCCCCUCUCUACUCGGACCAGGACCAGGACAAGAACCGCUGGCGAUACUGUUAGAGCCCAGGUGAGAGUAAAGAAACUCUUUAAUUUCACCCAGAUCUUCUUCUUCGCCCUUACGUUCAUGUCAAGCUGGGAGACCAUGGCAUUGUAUCUCACAGGCUCCUUUACAAACGGUGGCCCUCGAGCUCUUUCAUGGGGUAUAAUCGUUGUUGUUUGUGGAGCUCUCGCGCAAUCUGCUUCUUUGGCGGAAAUGGCCUCAAUGCGGCCCAUUGCCGGUGCGCAAUACCACUGGACACACCAUCUGGCCCCGCCUAGUCAGAAAAGAUUCAUCACCUGGAUGCAAGGUUGGAUAACUUGGUUUGCCUGGGUGUCGCUGCUUGCCGGCGUCGCAAACACCACCGCGAACAUGCUCCAGGGGAUUGUGGCGACCAAUUACCCGGACUAUCACCCGGCAAGAUGGCAUCUGACUCUUUUUAUCUUUGCUAUGCUCAUUUUCGAGGGCUUGAUGAAUAUGUAUGCCUUUUGGGUUAUCCCCUGGAUCGAAUUGCUGGCUGGUAUUUUGCACGUAUCGCUGUUCAUUGUCUUUGUCUCUAUCCUGGUUGCGAUGGGCUCCCGCCAUUCUGCAAAAUUCGUCUUUCUAGAGGGACAAUCUACUUCAGGGUGGAGUAACGGAUUCAUAUCUUGGAAUCUGGGCUUGUUGACUCCUACUUGGGGAUUCGUUGGUUUUGAUGGAGCUGUCCAUAUGAGCGAAGAAGUCCGCCGUGCGAAAAAGGCCGUGCCUAGAUCUAUGUUCUGGACCGUUGCAAUCAACGGCAUCUUUGCCUACGCCAUCAUCCUGACUAUUCUAUUCACCAUGGGUUCGAUAGAAGAGGCGCUCACCGCGGCUUCGCCAAUCAUCCAAAUUUGUCAACAAGCUACCGGGUCAACCAGUGCAGCCACGGCGAUGGUUUGUGGUCUCCUUAUCGUCUCUCUUGCUGUGAAUCUUGCCAGUAUCGCAUCGACAUCCCGUCUUACCUGGGCAUGGUCUCGCGAUGGCGGGCUUCCGGCUUGGUUUUCACAUAUCGACCGAAAACACUCCGUCCCCGUCCGCGCCGUCUGGCUCCCGAUAGUAAUUGUCAUGAUCCUCUCCUGCCUCAACAUCGCUAGUAGCGCCGCCUUCGGCGCCUUCAUCGCCCUCUCCUCCAUAGGCCUCUUUUCCUCCUACAUAAUCGCCAUUAGCUGCAUGGUGCACGCCCGAUUCCACCGGGAGAAUCUGCAAUUCGGCGACUGGACCAUGGGCCGUCUGGGACUACCCGUCAACAUCUUUGCGCUGGCAUAUACAUGUUACGUGACGAUAUGGCUACCGUUUCCGAACUACCUGCCCGUGAGCGGGGUGAAUAUGAACUACGCGCUGCCGAUAUUUGGGGCAAGCACGUUGUUUGCGCUUUCGUACUGGUUUCUUAGUGCCAGGAAGAAUUGGCGCGGGUUGAAUAAGGAGGUUAUUCGUCUGGUUGUGGAAGGGGGGGAAUUAUCGCUGAAGUGAAAGGGGAUGGAUGAUGGGAUUUGUUCCUGUUUUUGUCCCUACUGUACUGUAUCUUCCUCCGGGGAAACGGAGAUUGGAAAGGAAGAAUAUCAUGUAUCACAAUGUUUUUUAUACUUUUUCUAUAUUUUAGAUAGGCGGGUAAUUACUUAUCGGGCGGCUGCUUGGUUGUUGAUGACAGUCAUGCGCUUGUUGGGGAAAGGUGAUAUCAAAACAUGGGAGGGAGUCUACAAAUAUACUUACCCAACUACGUAACAAUAGGAAGAAGGUGGUUUUUUCUUUUUUCUUUUUUUUUUUUCUAAUCGUUUCU